UAUAAUCUGCUACGGUGCACCAUACCGAAAUCAUCGAGAGAAUUCUAGUUUCUCGUAAACCCUAGCGAAAACCUCUGAGCUCGAUUCAUUUCUCCUCACAGUAGAAAACAAAAAAAAUGGCUUGGCGCAAUGCAGGAUCCGCUGCUCGCUCUUUCGUCUCCGCCACUGCAAGAGCACCGUCUCUCCGUUCUCCGACGACGGCGCUUCCUCGCCUCCGUCCUUCUUCCCCAUCCUCCUUACCUGGCCGUCGGUUCGCCUUUUCGUCGCCUUCUAGAAAUCUAGGAGCACUUGGUUGCACGCAGUCUUUCCUGCCUCUUUACAGUGUCGUGGCUGCUUCUCAACUCACCUCUCACCUUAAUGUUAACUUGCGGGCUUUCUGCGAGCUGUCUAACGGUACUUAGAGAGGCAGCAGAGUGUAAUGCAAAGUCCAUGCAUCAGUAUUUUGAAGGGGUGUGAGAAUCUCAGAUCCAAAGUUUGGGGUUUAAUCAGAUAACUUAUUCGUUGUUUUACUCUCUUAUUUUCUUGCAGUUUAGUUUCAGAAUGAAUGGAUUGCUCUGAUUUAUAGACCUAGAGCUUUUUGUUUGCUUAGCACAAUGUAUUAUCAAGUUAUAUGAUUUGAUUUAUCAAGUUUUUUCGCAUAUGUUAAGAAAUAAAAGUGUAAUA